AAAUGCACAUUUUCGACAACCGUCAAUGUGCGAGCUCCAGUGUUGCCAACCGUUGACAGUCGAAUAAAAACAAACUACACCGGAGAUAGUGCUUCGAAGCAAAUGUGAAAACACUAUGACAAACAUGACAAACACAAUAAAUUUCAAUCAGUCACAUUUUUUCUUUUGAAAUAUUCCUUUUGACCAUCAUAACCACGUUGUUGUUGACGACUUUUGAAAUAUGCGUCAAUAAAUUUUGCAAAUAAAAAUGUAUAUAGCGUAAAUUUCAACUGAUGAAAAGCGAAUAGUGUUUUAACGAAAAGUUUUGCAUCUAAAAAUUGUAAAAAAUCACAGUGAAUUAGUUGACAGGAGCCACAGCACUCUCAGUUACAUCGAGUGUAAUUUAUCGAAUUGAAUUUGGCAGACAAUUUCAUUUACGAAAAAAAAAAUUAUUGCAAAAAUAAACAUUUUGCCCCGAGAGAAAAAUAUACGGCCAAAAGGAAGAGAGAAAAAAAAGAGAAAACAGUUUGACGGGAAAAGAACUAUAACACAAAAACAGAAACAAGAACAUUUUAAGAAGGCGAAACACAUUACAAUAUAUACAUAUAUUGUCUACAUAUAUAUUUUCCUGGUGAAAUUUGUGUGAACAACAAAAAAAAAAGUGUGUAUAUUUUGUGUGCGCAUUAGUUUGUGCGUAAGGAACUGCGAUUUGAAACGAACAAAAAGAUAAAAAAAUAGAGAAGAAGAUUAUUUAGACAAUUUUCCACGAACAAUAUAAAAGUGAAUAUAGUUUUUUUUUUUAAAUUUCGUUGUUGUUGUUUUGAUAUGUUAUGAAGUCGCAUUUUCGAAUGUUUGAUAUUGUGUUAACUGAACAGAGUGUACGAGUGCUAGUGAAUGAAUUGUAUUCUAACAAUACACCACACCAUUAGUUGCUGUAUAUUCUUCGUUUAUUUAUUAUUUUGCUUGUCGUCCUUUGCGGUGAGAAUCACGACAGCGCUGAAAUAGAGACACAGCCCGUAUUGACAAAGACACACUCUCACAAACAGGACUGAGGGGAGGAAGAAAAAUAGAAACAAACAAAAAAUACGUCGAUUAAACAACAACAACAACAAAAUAAUCAAUUCUAUUGUUGAUUUGUUCUGGAGUUGUGUUACAAAAUCCAAACAAAAUUCAAAACAAUAUCAUCCUCGAGCACCUUGUCGUCGUAGUCUAUCAUCGUGGUCGUGGUCGUUGUGUGUGCAAAACCUUCGAAUUUAUUAGUCGAUUAUUACGAUUUAUAUAUAUAUAUUUUCUGCACGGUCAUCCAUACAUAACAUUCAUUGUGCUAAAUGAGACGGCAGUAACAUUAAAUUCGCUCUGUGCUCUCGCGGUGAAUAUAGAGUUUUUUUUUUGCGUAGGAGUCUUAUUUCCUAAGCAUUGAUAAGACGGAACAAAGAACCAAACUCAGUCUAAAGCGACGAUCGAAGAACACAGGUGAACGACUCAAAAUGUCAGCUACUUCAGCUGCAACUAGUGACGAAUUGACAACCAAAAAUGUGUCGUCCACGACAACACCAACAUCAUCAUCAUCAUAUGCAAACAUUGUUCAGAAGGACAAUGCCGAUAAAGAGAAAACAAAUGUAAAAUCAACGGCGGCCGGAGGUGAACCGGCCAAAAAAUCGGCGACCACAAAUUCAACAGCUGCUGUUACAAAUGUGCCAUCAUCCAACAUCAAUAAUAAAACGGACAAAAACAAGGAAAUAAUCGCACAUGAAUCAAACACCGAUAUCAAUGCUCGGCCAAAUACAGAUGAUUCGAAUAAGGAUAAUAACGUAAUUGAUGCGGAAGACGAUUCAUCGUUUACUCCGGUCGUUUCACACAGUCGAAAAGAUCGGAAUAGUCGUCGCAACAAGGAACGUGGAACAAAUACAACGGCAACCAGUGGUGGUGGUAAUGGCAAUGGCGGCGGCGGUGGUGGACGUCAAAGCAACAAAUCGCAACGACAACCACGAUCGGAAAAUGGUCGCAGCAAAGACGCCACACAUAAACGCUCAAAGGGAAAUAACCAUCGUGAUGACAAAGACAAGUCGACGGAAACAACGGCAACAUCAGGUGAUAACAAUACUUCCAACAAGGCAAAUUCAUCUAGCACCGAUAAUGCAAAUACUUCAGCUGAUGAUUCGAAUGGAUCAAUGAGUGCUGGCAACACGACUACAUCAUCGGAAGGAACUGUAAAAUUUGUUGAAGCACCACUGCCAAAGGUUAAUGCUUGGAAGAUAAAUAAACCGGCGUCGCCGAAAAAUGUACCAGUGUCUCCGGUUGCUUUGGAUAAACGGCCAACUCAACCGAAACCGAACAAAGCACAAGAUGGCAAAGAUGGUAAAGAGAUCAAAUCUGGAAAUCCAGAACGUCAAAAUGGUCCAGUUGUGGUGAAGGCAUCAAAGGAUAAAAAGAAAAUUAAUCAAAAGGCUAGUGAUUUUUCAAAUGUUGGCGAUUGGCCGUCCCUAGGCAAAGGAAACCCAUCAGUUUCGACUGUUGUUGCAUCAACAACAACAGCGGCAACCACAACAACAACAACAACCAUAACCACUCCACCAGAACAACCGUCAAAUGAUGUAGUUAGUAGCACGAAAACAAAUGCAGAAUCGAAUGAGACUCGAGCACUUCCCGAUAAAUCGACAUUUUCGAAUCGAUCGACAUCAAAUAAUCAUGUAAAUAAGGCAAAUAGUGCAGCGCCGUCUACAACGUCCCAUUUAAAAGUAGCCAACAAUCGUUCAGCUCAACAAAAUGAGCCACAAUCAAAUGAAAAUGCGCCAUCACAACAGACUCUGUCGCCAGCAUCAACAACGGUGAGUGCAACACAUGAAAUGACCACAACAACAGCUCCAAAUGGUGUUAUUCCAAAUGGUCAUGUAUCAAAUAAUCAAACGAACCAGACCAAUAAUGCCAACAACAACAAUAACAACAAUAACAACAACAACAGUAAUAAUAAUUUGAACAAUCGCAAAGGGGUCAAAUCAAAAUGGGUUCCAUUACCAAUAGAAUUACCAAAAUCACGAAAGCCACGCGAACCACGAGAACGUAAUAAUAAUAUAAGCAGCAAUAAAAAUCGACGUGAUACUGACAAUGAAUUGAAUACCGACUAUUCAAAUAGCAAUGAAACGAACGAAGCCAAAACGCAUUUGGAAAAACUGAAAUAUCCAAAUCGACGCUAUCGUCCAACAAGUACACGUGGUCCACCCAGUAGUAAUGCACAUCCAAUCAGCAAACCAUUGGCCAAUUCAUCUCAUCGACCGAGCACUGUUAGCAACAAUACAACAUCAACACGUUCGACCAAUACCACAAUCAGUUCGAAGCGUCCUGGACCGGUGCGCAGCAGUGGUGGCAUACCAAAAUCACGAGUAAAUCGCAUCUCAAGCCAUCAUCAUAGCCAAAAUGGUGAAUACGCUGUCGAAUAUCCGGUCGAUUUCUCGCUAGUCAAAAAACUUGUCACUGACAAUGCGGCGGCACCAAUUUUUAUGCCUUACAUGGGAACAUACUAUUAUAAUGGCGUGCCUUCAUAUGCAAAUAUGGACCCGACGAGCUUAAAGGAAGCGAUCCGAAAGCAAAUUGAAUAUUAUUUCAGUGAUGAAAAUCUGCAACGUGAUUUCUUCAUUCGCCGAAAGAUGGAUGCCGAAGGUUAUUUGCCAAUAACAUUGAUUGCGUCAUUCCAUCGUAUCCAAGCACUUAGCUCUGAUAUUCAAGUUGUAUUGACUGCCGUUCAGGAAUCCGAUCAACUUGAGGUCUUUAAAAAUUUCAAAGUUCGCACUAAAAACGAUCCAACCAAAUGGCCGAUUAAGAAUAUACCCGGUGAAGAGAAUCACAGUCAUAAUCAUCAUCAAUUGGAUUCCAAUGCAACUUCGAAAGCAGUCAAUCCGGUCGCAAUUUCAUCGAAUAAUUUGCCACCAGUUUAUGGAAUUCCAGUUGUACCGAUUAUUGCAUCCACUACGCUUACAUGUGUACCACCCCCGCCGACACCACGAAAUUUUCGUAUACCUUUGAAUGCUUCGAUACCGCCUGACACACUGCCAAAUAAUAUUGUAAACAGCACAAAUAGUGAACACGCAAAUGACGAUGGAAAUUUAAAUCCAGAUGUUCCUGAAUUUGUUCCUGAUUUUUUAGGAAAAUCAAAUGAAACCAAUUUGUCGAAUCCAAAAAACUCCGAAGCUACUAGAUUGCAGAAAAAAGAGGGCAACCGUCUGCAGUCUAGUACUGUUGCUAAUACAAAAAACCACGGAAAUCCAAAUCCGAAUCGUACAAAGGCCAAUGUAAAUGCAAAUCCAAAUAUGAAUGCAACAGAUGAUGAAUUAGGUGAAAAUGAAGAAUCUGAUCUUUGGCGUCAGGUAAAACGUCGUUCAAGAACCAGUUCAAAAGAACCAUCCGGUGGACCAAUAACAAAUGUAACGACACAACCGGCCACAUCACAAGCGCAGCAAACAACGAAUCAACCAGCAGCAUUAUCGGCACAAUCCGCACCACAACCACCACAACCACAACAAUCCCAAUCAAUUGAAAAAGAAGAUUUAGAUUUUCAAUUCGAUGAAGAGUUGGACAUCCCCAUUGGGCGUGUCAAUAAUUUCACCGACAAUUGGUCCGACGAUGAGUCGGACUACGAACUCUCGGAUCGGGAUAUAAAUAAAAUUUUGAUUGUGACGCAAGUUCGGCAUCGGGCACCAAAACAUGAUGGAUACAAUCGUACCGGUGACUUUGUAUCACGAACAAAAAUCACCCAAGAUUUGGAACAAGUCAUUAACGAUGGCCUGCAUAAUUACGAAGAAGAUUUAUGGACACAUGAUGCAAAUCCAAGCAGCAGCUAUAAAACGCUUAAUAUUAUCACACAAGAAGAUUUUGAAAAAAUGGCUCCAAAAAUGACAAAGAAAAAUCCAGAUGUGCCUCCACCACCACCGCCAACCUAUGAUCAAAACGAUCGACUGAAUAUAAGCACUGGUUCCGGUCUUGGUUCGAAGAAGGCACGAUUCUUUGCCGUUAACAAAGAGGAAUUCGUUGAUCCACGAACACCGCGUAAACGUAAGACACGACAUUUGAGUAAUCCGCCAGUCGAAUGUCACGUCGGUUGGGUCAUGGACACCGUUGAACACAGACCAAGAACAUCGAGCUUUGGCAGUUCAGCAGGUACGUCGCCAGCAUCGAGUUAUGGUUCAUCGGUUCCACAGAGUUUGCCAAUGUUCCAACAUCCAUCACAUGCAUUGCUUAAGGAGAAUAAUUUCACACAACAAGCUUAUCACAAAUAUCACAGUCGUUGCUUAAAGGAGCGCAAACGUUUGGGCCCAGGACAAUCGCAAGAAAUGAAUACUCUCUUCCGGUUUUGGUCAUUUUUCUUACGUGAAAAUUUCAAUAAAAAUAUGUACAAUGAAUUCCAUCAGUUGGCAUUGGAAGAUGCUGCAUCCAAUUUUCGAUACGGUUUGGAAUGUUUGUUCCGUUUCUAUUCGUAUGGUUUGGAAAAGAAAUUCCGACCAUAUUUAUACGAAGACUUUAUGAAAGAAACAUUGGCUGAUUAUGAGAAAAAUCAAUUAUAUGGUAUUGAAAAGUUUUGGGCGUUUAUGAAAUACUACAAGAAUGCAGACAAGCUAACGGUUGAGCCACGUCUGAAUGAAUACUUAUCGAAAUUUAAUACGAUUGAAGAUUUCCGUGUAUUAGAGCCACAAAUCAAUGAAAUGCUUGAAGGUGUACGUAAUUUGCAAUCACCGGACAAACGACGCCAUCGCAGCAUAUCAGAAAGUGAAGGGGUUGUAAGUCCACACUCAAAAAUAAAUCGUGGCGAUUUUACCCAAGGACGUAAUGAAGCUAAUUAUAAUCGAAAAAGAUGUGAUUCAUUCGGAAAUCGUGCAGUUACAGCAACUUCUAGUCAAAAUCGCAAAACAGGCCCUGGCGGUCGUGUUCGCAGCGGUUCAACUGGAAAUCGACCUCAAACGGCAAUCAAUCGUCAACAAAAUCAUAUCCAAAUUCAAUCGCAACAAAAUUCACAAUCGAAUCAGCAACAACAAAAACGACAAACGUUUACCAUUCGAGAGCCACCGCAUCAGCAACAAUCACAACAACAUAAUUUUGCCGCACCACGCAAAGGUUUGCUUAAUAUGAAUAGUCACAUAACGUCGUCGUCAUCGAAUGCCAAUACUGAUAAGGAUGCAAAAUUAGUACAAAAUAGCAAAGAUAAUAAAGAAAAUUUGGCCGACAAAAUUUCAAAAAAGAGCAGUGAAAAGGAUAAUUGUGCUGGAAACACAGCCACAAAUACUGGUACUGCUGGCAGUAAUUCGGCAACGACAUCUUCCAAUUUGGUUACAGCUGGUAAUGGUGCAGUCGCAAACAAGAAAUAAACACGCUCCCACACUACAACACAACUAUAACACAACUACCACAACUAUUAUCAACAUACCCGCCACCCUCCAUCGUUCCACUUCAAUCAACACGUGCUUCAUUCCUAAUUCGUUCCGAACGUUUAGAAUGGCACCUAGAGAAGAUGAAAACAACAACAAAAUACAAAACACAAUUGAAAAGAAAAAAUUGUGUUAACGAUCGACAUCUCACGAGUCGAGUGGACGAUUGUUAGCAAUGAUUCGUUAAAUAGUAGGUAGCACGCGCAUUUUUGUGCCAAAUAUCGUUUUCUUACAUGAACGAACACAUUUUCAGAAAAAAACAAUAGCAAAAAAGCAUUUCCUAUCAUCGAUUUAGUUUGAAUUCUAUUUUAUAUUGAGUGGCUUGAAUCGCUUUCUCUCUCUCUCUGAUCUUUUUGUUUUGACAUAGACAAAAAAAAAAACAAAAUAUCGAUGCAUUUGCAAUUAGCUACCAAUUCAAAACAUAGUGAAUUGAAUGUACCAAAAUCAAGACGUGAAUGAGCACCAAUGCAUGUGCAUUGCAUUGAUACGUCGCCACUUUUAAGCAAUGGAUUCAAAUUACCUAACCAAUGAACUCAAUUAGAAAUGCUACACACACAUACACACAAAACAUCCAUUGAUUUUUUUUUUUAAGUUGUUAUGCAAAAAAGCGAUUUGCUAUUAAAAAAAACAUUAACUAAACAAAAAAAAUAAAAUAUAUAAACACAGGAAUUAUACAUACGUGACGCAUCAUAAAUAUAUGCAACACGAUCAGAAAACAAGCGGAUAAAAAAAAUUUAAACUAUAUAUCAGCCAAUCAAACAAUACUAAUUAUAUUUUACAAUUUAAUUGUGAGGUUAUGCAGAGAAAAAAAAACAUUUUAGAACUUAUACACACAAUAUUCUAAAAAGAAAGAAAGUAAAAAAAAAAAUCACAAAAAAAUUAUGGAUAAUAAUUUAAAAAAAAUGUAUGGUAACGCUCUUAUUUUUGUAAGUUUGAAAAAGACCUCGAUAAUCUAAUUUCUAUUGACUUACAGUAGUUCACAUACACACCGAAUGGUAAAAAUGAAAAAUUAUCUUAUUUUUUUUGUUUGUUUUUGGUUGAACAUUGUUCGAAUGGCCCAAUACAUUUCGCAAAAUGAGUGAAUGGGUAAACCACAAACACAUACACACACAUACACUUCAACGAAAACCAAUUCAAUAAAUAUUUAAAAAUGAAAAUAAAUGAAUAGAAAUCAUUAAAUAAAUUGGUACAUAUAUUAAGUUAAAAAAUGAAAGUCGCAUCCUCGGCAGAAGAAAAUUGCGUCUCCGCAAAAGGAAAAAAAAAGAACAUAUGUUAUACUUUAUUGUAGAUUUAGUUGAUGGUGAGAAAAAAAAUCUGUUUUUUUUUCUUCUUUCGUAUGUCGCUCAAUGAAACAAAUUAAUAAACUGUAUCUAAAUGAUGCUUAUAGAAACAAUACACGCAUUUAACAAAGACCAUUGUUUUGAAGCGAUACAAACAAAAGAAAAAAAAUUGAAUGAAAAUGCAAGCAAAAAAUGUUAUUUAUUCUUUUAUAGCAAUGCGUAUUAAUUGAAAACAAACAAACAAACAAACAAAAAAAAAACCACGUUCGACAAACCCAAAUGGUGUUCACGUAACGAAAAGCAAAAAAAAAAGUAUAUUGACUAUUAAUCAAACAAUCAAAUAGACUUAUUAAAUAAGAUUAUGAGAUGAAAAUGAAUAUGCUGAUGAUAAAAAAAAAAUCACGAGCGAGUGAAGAGAAUUUAAAUAAUACAAAAAAAAAUAUCUAAUAUAUAUAUUUUAAUACCGUAAAUUAAAUGUUUUUUUUCAUUCGUUUUUGUUUAAUAGUAAUUGGCAAUUACUGAAUUAGUGAAAUGUAAAGAAAAAUCAUGCAAAAAAAACGAAAAAAAAAGUUUAUAUGAAAAAUGCAAAAAGAUUGAUAGAUUAAAAUGAAUAUGUUAUUCGAGUAUAUAGUUCAACGAGAAAAAUUAAAAAAUUAAACAAAAAAAAAUUAUACAUGUCGCGAAAUGGUGUGGUGUAAGCUAAAAAGCAGCCCAAAUAGUGAAGAAAACAAUCUUCCAGAAAUGAAUUAGAAAAAAAGCGGCCAUUGAUUUGGAUUCUGUUUCAAACACACACACACACACAAUUCCACCAAAUAAAAACAACGAUAUUUUGAAAUAUUUCUGAGCGCCGUUCACAUUUAGCAGUUGUUGUAUUUGGUUAUUUUCGUAAAUUCCUUUGAAAUAAUUGUUGCGCAUCACUGUAAUACACAAUAAUGAUUCUCAUAUUUUUCUUGUGAUUGGUCUCAUUGAAUGUGUGUUUCAGGGCUUGCAAGCAACUUUUAAUUCUAGAAGAAUAUGAAUAUUAUUUUUUUUGAGUCUGCUUUCAACGCCACGGAGAUAUUCUAUAUUCGUUUUUUUUUUCGAUUGAACAUACAGAAACAACAAUAAAAAUAAACUAUUACAAAAUUAUAUACACCAAAAGCAAAUAUUAAAUUAGAGUUAACUGUUCAUAACUACCGAAACAUGGAGUUCUAUAACCGCACGAAUCCACAUAGAUUUAUAUGUUCAGGUUUUUUUUUUUAAUUUUAUUAAAACUAAUUUUUAUGAAA